AUGGCGCCGUCUACGAAAAAACCUUGCAGCGUUUGCGGAGAAUCUGGAGACGGAGCACAUUUUGGAGCUGAAGCUUGCAGGUUUAUCGAGAAACAAAAAAACUCACCUAGAAGAAAGUUUCAGAGCAUGUGCUGCCUUUUUUCGUCGAAGUGUGGCCAUGAACAAGACCUAUUCUUGCCGGAGCAACGGCAAUUGCGUAGUCCAAGCAAGUUAGUGGAUACUAAACAUUUUUUGUCAAACAAUCUUGGUACCUGAUCAAAACAAAGUACACCUUCGUUUUAAUAAAAAAAAGCUUCUGUGUGGCUAAGGGCUAAUAUUUAGUUUCAAAGUGUAGUUUGAAUCUAUAUUUUCUCAACAACGAAGAGUCGAAACUUGCGGUUCCUGAGGGAAAAAAGGCUUACUGUGAAAAUUAUUAUCGUUUGAAAGACCGGAAAAAUGACUCGGAUUUGAUGUUUUUUGUGUUGAUCAUCUGAUUGCACCUUCUAUUAAUAAUUCACUUACUUUUUAAAAAACCUUGAAACUUUUUAAGUGAGAAACGCUCUUUAAUUCAACAUGAUGUCAAAAAGACCUCAAUUAAUUCAUGCGUUUAGGAAAUUUAGGCACGUCGGUCAUUUAUUCUAUUAUAUAACUUUUCUCAUAGUCAAGGCUUUGAAGUAAUUUAUAAAUUUUAGAUCAGUCAAAAAAAGCCUUCUGAAGCGAGUUAUGGUUGUUUGAAGUCAACCAUUCAAAAACGAAAUCCGUUUCUUGACAACCUAAUACAUAAUCGAGCAAGUUUGGUAUAAAGUAUCUUUGAGUAUCAAAAAGUCAAGCUGUGAAUAAUGAGCUGUCAAAAAGUCUUUUUGAGAUGGUCUCUAUUUUAUAGGAAGUUCACCUCAGCCACAGUAACAAAAGAAAAAAAAAUUCUGUUUCGAAAGCUUUGACCAAUGACUUGACUCUGUUGUUACAUUCUUGAGCGCAGAUUUGUUCUGCGCCACUUGGGUUUAGUCUGAGUUGGAAAAAAAAAUUAGCGUUAGGGUAAAAUUUUCUCUAAAUCAAAUAUGUUGUAGAACAUGAUUUUUUAAGAUUUUUUGAAAAAAAAACAGAAUAUCAUCAUUCGAGCCGUUUUCAAGAUACGGUAGCUCAAAGGAAUACCGUAGAUUAAGCUUAAUUUUCUGUUUUUAAGUUUCCAAAGAGCGAUUUUUUCUCUUUUGAAAUAACGAUCCUUUCCGAUUGCAUUUGCGUUAUGUAGUUCUGGGUCGGGCCCGCUUUUCUCGCCUCAGUGUUUUAUUUGUUGCCAGGAAAAUGUUUCAAGCAAACAACUACCGAACCUUUUUCCCAUGUUUAUCUUGUCGCGACAAUAUUUUUUCACGGCCCCAAGUACGUUUUACAGAUGUGAGAUGUAUGUGCCGCGCUUGUCGGUUCGCAAAGUGCUUGGCCGUCGGCAUGCGCAAAGCAUGUAAGUUUUGUGAAACUAACACGAGAUUGGAUUUCUGGAAAAAAAAUCUGAUUUAAGCGGUUCAAAGACAUCGAGAUCAGCUGGGAAAAAGAGACUCUGAAAAUGAAUUUCAUCCUUAUAAAAGUGACAGUUGCCCAGCUGUGAGUUGAUCUUCCAUGAAACAGAAAUUAUGUCAUUUUAUCAGGAUGUGUCAAUGGAAAGUGAAGAUUACGGUAUGAGGAUAUUGAACAAGCUCAACGAAAACUACAUUCAAAUGGACAACGUCAGAAAAGUGAUCCACAAUCGUGACGGAGAGAGUGUUUUCUGCGUAUGAUUUGAUGAUGUUAACUCAUUUUUUUUUCAUUUCACAGGUGAGACAACCUCGCGCGAUCGCUUACAAAGAAGCUAAUGCUAUGCAUUUGAAAGAACUGAAUUUGGUUGCUGACUGGGUCAUAAAUUCGUAUCCAGCUUUUGACAAGCUUCCAUCUGAUCAAAAAGUAAAUUUAUCUCGUUUUUUUUUAAUAUUUUUCAUUUUGAAACGAUUUGACUUGUCUGCCUUUUUUUACACACCAAAAAUGUCUCACAAAAAUAGAAAAAACGUGAAAGAUUUUUCAGAAGCUUCUCUACCGCAACUUCUUUUUGCCGUUCAUGAUUCUGGAGUCUGGAUACUAUUGCUGCAUAAACGGCAUAUUUCAUCAGAAGUUUUCAAAUAUUCGAAAAUUUUCAGAUCGAACUGACAUCAUUGUUUUACCCUCAGGCGACUACAUCGACUGCGCGAGACCAGAGACUUUCUACCACGACUUGGAAGGAAAACAGUUAAUGUCUCCACAGGACGCUGUCAGGUACUCGGUCAAUGAGAAUUUAUUCGUUUGAGACGUUUUUUUCAGAAUGUUUGGCCCAUCUUUUGACAUUUAUCGCAGGAAUAUCUUGGACCCAAUGAGAAGAGAAAAAGUGGACAACUUCGAAUUUUUCACUUUGUGCUCCCUCGUCCUUUGGGAUCACGGUAUGUUCAAACAAUGAGAUAUACAUUUUUUCGGUUUAACGAAAAAACUAACUGUCGCAUGUGUCAUGGCUUCAAAGAGACCAGACUUGAAACGACUCUCGCAGUCGGCCAUCAGAAAUUAUGAACGAAAAUUCCUAGAAAUAGUAAAACAAAAUAUAAACCAAAUUUGACCCUGUUGCAACUCUAAGUGUAUCCUUUCUAGUCGCUAGAGCUAAAUAUGCGAGAGAACUCUACUUUUUUUUCUACAUAGUUUCGUUCUUACAGGCCUUGAUGGACAGUCGGACGACUGUGUGGAACUCGCAAGAGACACUAGAGAAUCUGUUCUUCGCGAGAUACUGUACUAUUAUCGACGAGUGCGGCGACUUCCGGACCCUUCGAUGCGUCUUGCCAAUCUUCUCGUUCUUCUCCCAGCACUUCAGGUAACAUUUCUGAAUGUUCUAAUGAUUUUAACUAUUUCCAAUCCUGUUCAAUGAAAUUUGAGAAGUUUUCAGAACAUCGCCUAAGCUUUUCAUGACUUUAUGUAGUGUUGAAGUUCAUGUUUUUUUGAUAAGUGUCAGAGGUUUUUUUUUGAUAAUUGUGCAAGAAAUUGAAAAAUUCUUCUUUCCAAAGAAUCGGAAAUCACGAUUUCUAGAAUUUUCCACAAAUUCUGCUCACUAGGCUACAACAAGAACUACUCAUUUUUCAAGUUUUUUUUUUGAAAGCAAACUUGAUAAAGUCACAUAUUGCAGAGGUCUGUGCGUCGUUUCCAAGAAGACGUCGAGAUCAGUCACGUUUUCAACGUCUACUCUGUAGAAGAAGGCUUCUACGAGCUCGUCAACGGAAGGUUCUGAUUCACAUAUCCAAUCACGUUCCAGCCAUUCCAAACUGCUCACUUUUCUUGCCAUCUACUUUUAGCCAAAUUAUUCAGCCGCCUUUUUCCAUAUAUGCAGUAAAUAAAUGGUUUCUGACGGCAUUUGUUCACACCUAAAACGAGAUAUAAAGCGACAAUAAUUUAGGCUGGCUGAUAGUUAUUUUUCGCUCGAGGUUCCGUCGCCAUCCAUCAAGAAGGAGGACCCCGAAUGCGUGUGGUGA